AUGAAGAUUAUUAUCGUACUUCUAAUCACACUCUCCACGUUCCAAAAUGCAAUAGCGCACUAUGUACUAAGCCGCUUCAUUGCCAACGAAACGAUCUUUCCAGAAUGGAAAUACGUCCGACGUGUCACACCUAACACGACAACACCUCUCGCCGAGCACACAUACCCACAUUACGACAUCUCAUCCCCCAACAUCCGCUGCGGCCGUGGGGCAGGAACAUCUGGUCCCGGCUCGGAAAUCGCGACUGUGGUCGCAGGCUCCGUAGUAGGAUUUCGUCUUGAUCUUUGGAAUGCUCCGUACGUGAUGUUCCACGACGGACCACUUCUUGCGUACAUGAGCAAAAGUCCAGAACAAACGAGGGAUGGGUUGAAAGAAUAUGAUGGGGGAGGGGAAUGGUUCAAAAUCGCACAAAGAGGACCAUAUAACAAGACGCGUUGGUUUGCUGAAUAUAACAAACGCUUCUCGGAGUUUAAUUUCACGGUCCCGCCAACGACUCCUCCUGGAUUCUAUCUCCUCCGCGGCGAAAGUAUAUACCCGCAUGACACAUUCAACCGUACGCAGUUUUAUAUGAAUUGCGCGAGUGUGGAAAUCGUGGGUGGCAUAGAGAGUGAGAGUGAGCCUGGCCCUCUUGUGAGGUUUCCGGGGGCGUAUGAUGAUUAUGAUGAGGGGAUUUGGGUCCCAGGUGAGGUUUGGAAUAGGACGGAUUUGAGCCGGUAUAAGAUGCCCGGACCGGAGAUCUGGGGAGCUGGAGUGUGA